AUGGUAUUAUUUAGCAUUGGACGUAUUCCACAUAGUCCAAGAGAGCAAUUUAUCUUUCACUUACGCCGAUACUCUCGUCAGGCCUUUGGUCGAAUACCCAGACGAAGAUAUCUUUUUGAUAUGGUAAGUCAGCAUAUGUCAGCUUAUUUUAUGUUAAAUUUGAAAGUACAUGAGGAGUGUCAUGAUAGACCGGACAUCUCUGGUACGGUUUUGGCAAACAACCAAUCCAAUAACAUUGUCUGUGUCUGUGAGGUCAAAGGUGAAGGCCGUGUCCAUGAUACCCAUGCUACACUCUGUGACCUGAUCAAGAUUGAGUGCUUUAGUGCCGACGUGAUCAACGCGUACUCAAAUAAAAGGGGUUCUAGGCAUACAUUUGGUCGAUGA